AUGCCCCCUCGGCCAUCCUCUGCGAAGGUUCUUUCAUUUGCGUCCUUUUACUCCUGCUCAUCUACACUCGCUGGUGCUGGUACUCGUAACUUCUCCUGCAUUAAUGCCUGCACGCAUCGUCCAAGCUCUAGACGAGUGCUUACUGUCUUACCCUCCUUAAAUCAUCUUGGUAAACAGGUUCAACUAGAUGUCUUGCCUGUGUUUCCUGCAGAUACUCAUGUCCGGAAGGACCCUUACGAAGUCCUCGGUGUCAAGAAAGAUGCUAGCGCGGCCGAUAUAAAGAAAACGUACUUCUCACUGGCACGCAAAUACCAUCCUGACACCAAUCCAGAUAAGAAUGCUCAAGCCAAAUUCGUUGAGAUUCAGGAAGCAUAUGAUGUUCUGAAAGACCAGAAGAAACGAGCCGCUUAUGAUCAAUAUGGCGCCGCAUCUCAACAACCCGGCUUCGACCCUGAUGCUUUCGCAAACGGAAGCGGGCCAUUUGGUGCCGGUGGUUUCUCUGGGUUCCAUGAUUUUGCUAAUGCUUUUGGCGGGGCUCGAGGGGCUCGUGGUCAAGCCGACCUGUUCAAUGAACUUUUUGGUGCAUUUGGUGGUCGGCGACCGCGUGCGGAGGAUAUACGAGGGAGUAACCUUGAAGCAACUAUUGGUGUGACUUUCAUGGAGGCGUGUAAAGGUACGACCCACACCGUCAACGUUACCCCUGUCGUCAAUUGCAGUACUUGUUCCGGGACCGGCCUCAAGACGGGCGCUAAGAGAUCGACGUGUACGACUUGUGGCGGGACGGGCACACGGACAUUUGUCAUUGAUAGCGGGUUCCAAAUGGCGAGUACAUGUGGGACUUGUCACGGCGCGGGAACUACUGUUCCUCGCGGAAGCCAGUGCGGCGAAUGUCAAGGAAUGGGCCAAGUCAGGAUUAGGAAAUCAGUGAAGGUUGAUAUACCAGCGGGGGUCGAGGACGGCAUGACCAUACGAGUACCCAAUGCAGGCGAUGCUCCUGUAUCCGGCAAAGGUCGUGCAGGUGAUCUACUCGUCAGAGUAAAUGUAGCUGCAUCGAAGCAGUUUCGUCGUCAAGGAGCCAAUCUACACCAUGAGGCUCGGAUUCCUCUACACACUGCACUCCUAGGUGGAAGGGUCCGCGUGCCCACUCUUGAUGGAGAUGUAGACGUGCGUGUUCCUGGAGGAACGCAGCAUGGAGAGGAAAUGGUGCUGAAGGGUCGUGGGGCGCCUUCAGUAUACGGUGCUACUACAGGAGAUCUAUUCGUCGCAUUCAUGGUACAACUUCCCAGAUCUCUUACUAAGCGGCAGCGCGAGAUUUUGCAACAAUAUGCAGACGAUGUAGAAGGACGAGCUCCGCAAUUUUCUCAAGAAUCUCCCAGCUCAACUGCAAAAUCAAACAAUCCGCCGCCCAAUCAGGGAGAAGCUACUCCACUAGAAAAUGGAGCUCAUUGGAUUUUAAUUUAUCCAUAUUCCUUCCCGCUCGAUCUGUGUUUGACCUUGGACAUGGUGGAUUUUCUUGCAGAUCAGGAGACUGAGAAAGAUCUCGUGGAUCCGGAAGGCGAAGAAGACCGGCGCCAGAAGAAGCUAGCGGCCGCAGCAUAG